CGCGCUGACUGGCCGGAGGGCCGUCGUCAUGCGGGACGCGCGACUCUAGGGGCGGGACCAGACGAGGGGUGACUGCCGCGCCGCGCCGGGGAGGACGCCUUCACCUGUUCACACUGCAGCGCGGAUUGCGGUUCGUGGCGCGCGCCACCGGGGAAGGAGCGGUGGGCCGAGGGGGUGGAGGUGGGGUCCCAGGAGGACCUCGGGCUGUGGACCCGGGGAGCGGAGUCGGGGAGUGGGGCGGGGGAGCGAGGUGGCGUCCGGGAGCCAGGGAUAUGGCGCGGCCAGACGAUGAGGAGGGGGCGGCGGUGGCGCCCGGACACCCGCUCGCGAAAGGAUACCUCCCGUUGCCGAGGGGCGCGCCAGCUGGGAAGGAGAGCGUGGAGCCGCAGAACGGGCCCAAAGCGGGCACCUUCCCGGUGAACGGGGCCCCCCGGGACAGCCUCGCUGCCGCCUCGGGAGUUCUGGGCGGGCCUCAGACUCCGCUGGCUGCAGAAGAGGAGACCCAGGCCCGGCUGCUGCCUGCGGGCGCCGGAGCGGAGACCCCGGGGGCCGAGAGCACCCCGCUGCCCCGGACGGCGCUCUCCCCGCGGCGAUUCGUGGUGCUCCUGAUCUUCAGCCUGUACUCGCUGGUAAACGCCUUUCAGUGGAUUCAGUACAGCAUCAUCAGCAACGUCUUCGGGGGCUUCUACGGCGUCACCUUGCUGCACAUCGACUGGCUGUCCAUGGUGUACAUGGUGGCCUACGUGCCCCUCAUCUUCCCGGCCACCUGGCUGCUAGACACCAGAGGCCUGCGGCUCACCGCCCUGCUGGGCUCCGGCCUCAACUGCCUGGGUGCCUGGAUCAAGUGCGGCAGUGUGCAGCAGCAUCUCUUCUGGGUCACCAUGUUGGGCCAGUGCCUGUGCUCCGUGGCCCAGGUGUUCAUCCUGGGCUUGCCCUCCCGCAUCGCCUCAGUGUGGUUUGGGCCCAAAGAGGUGUCCACAGCUUGUGCCACCGCCGUGCUGGGCAAUCAGCUUGGAACUGCAGUUGGCUUUUUGCUACCACCAGUUUUAGUACCCAACACACAGAAUGACACAAAUCUCCUGGCUUAUAAUAUCAGCACCAUGUUUUAUGGAACAUCAGCUGUUGCCACACUUUUAUUUAUUUUAACAGCAAUUGCCUUCAAAGAAAAACCUCGGUAUCCACCAAGUCAGGCUCAAGCAGCUCUUCAAGACAGUCCCCCUGAAGAGUACUCUUAUAAGAAAUCAAUAAGAAACCUGUUUAAAAACAUUCCUUUUGUCCUUCUGUUGAUCACUUAUGGUAUCAUGACUGGUGCCUUUUAUUCAGUCUCAACAUUAUUAAAUCAAAUGAUAUUGACAUAUUAUGAGGGAGAAGAAGUCAAUGCUGGAAGGAUUGGGCUAACACUAGUAGUAGCUGGAAUGGUGGGCUCUAUUCUUUGUGGCUUAUGGCUGGAUUAUACCAAAACAUACAAACAGACUACUCUGAUAGUUUAUAUUUUGUCUUUUAUUGGAAUGGUUAUCUUUACUUUCACAUUGGACCUUGGAUACAUUAUCAUCGUGUUUGUUACUGGAGGGGUGCUUGGCUUCUUCAUGACUGGUUACCUCCCUUUGGGUUUUGAAUUUGCUGUUGAAAUCACUUACCCUGAAUCUGAAGGUACUUCAUCUGGUCUUCUUAAUGCUUCUGCACAGAUAUUUGGAAUUUUGUUCACAUUGGCUCAAGGAAAGCUCACAUCAGAUUAUGGUCCUAAGGCAGGAAACAUUUUUCUCUGUGUCUGGAUGUUUAUAGGCAUCAUUUUAACAGCAUUAAUCAAGUCGGAUCUGCGAAGACACAACAUAAAUAUAGGAAUUACAAAUGUUGAUGUUAAAGCUGUACCAGCUGACAGUCCCACAGACCAAGAAUCAAAAACGGUUAUGUUGUCCAAGCAGUCAGAAUCAGCAAUUUGAAGAGAAAGGAAAAGUUACUAUCUUGUAGUAAUUGGGGACAAUGUGAUCAUCCUUGGAGAGAUAUAUGAGCACCAAGACUGGGUUUGUAUGUGGUGGGGGAAUAGACACACUUACUUGAAAAUUACCAUAUGAGCUCUAAAUGCGUAAUUAUUAUUUUGCUUAAUUGUUAAUUUAAGGGAAAUUUUCUUAAAAUUCUUCUGUUUACAUCAUGUUAACACUAUUGUUUAUCUAAUCAGUAUCCAGUUUUUAGUCUUAUAUUGUAUCUGAAAGUAAGCUUCUUGACAUUUACUUUUUAAAAGUCGAUGUUUUUCUUUUUUGUAGAAAAUGGAAGCUUAGAAGACUUUUUAAAGUGAUAAUAUGGGGUGUUCAGUCCCCAUAAGAUAUAAUAGUUCAUGCAGUUUAUAUGUU